AUGGCCGCCACCUACUGCCCCGGGCCCUGCCUUCCCAUGGAUUCUGCCGUCUCCGUCUGCUCGAGCGAGGGCAGUUGCGGGAGCCUCGUCUGCCUGCCCGGUUCUUGCAACGUUUCAUCCUACGCCCCGGACAACUGCCGAGAGACCUGCUGCGAACCUCCCUGCUGCGCGCCACCCUGUUGCGAACCCAGCUGCUGCCAGCCCGUUUGCUGCAGCAUGGUGUGUUGCCCACCCCCCUGCCGCGUGGCUCUCCUCUGCCGACCGGUUUGCGGCGUGCCCGCCUGCUGCCAGUCGGCCUGUGGUCCCAGCACCUGCCGGUCGGCCUGCACCGGCUCCUGCUCGCCAUCUUGUUGCCAACAGUCUUGCGGCCAAGCCUCCUGCUGCCAGUCAGCUGGCUGCCAAGACUCCUGCGGUCAAGACUCUUGCUGCCAAGACCCUUGCUGCCAAUCAACUGGCUGUCAAGACUCUUGCUGCCAAUCAUCUGGCUGCCAAAGCUCUUGUUGCAUCCCAGUUUGCUGCAAACCAGUCUGCUGCACUCCAGUAUGCUGCAAGCCAGUCUGCUGCACCCCAGUAUGCUGCAAGCCAGUCUGCUGCGUGUCCACCCCCUGCCCGAGCGCUUCCUGCGGAGACUCCUGCUGCCAGCCCUCUUGCUGCGCCUCCACCUGCCGCCGGCCCGCUUCCUGCGUAUCCCUCCUCUGCCGCCCAGUUUGCAGCCGCCCGGUCUGUUGCGUGCCCGUCUGCUGCAAGCCGGCUAGUUGCGUCCCCGGCUGCUGCGCGCCUGCCCCCUGCCAGCCCUCUUGCUGCCGUGCCGCUUCCUGCGUCUCUGUGAUCUGCCGACCCGUCUGCGGCCGACCCGCUUGCUGCGGGGUCUCUUCCGGGCAGAAGUCUUGCUGCUGA